UGACCACCGUGAGUCACAAGUAUCCUUCUGCCAAAUUCAGGUUUUCCGUAGACACGACAAUGGUAUAGCCGAGUUGACUGUCCUUGGUGAAUCAAUGUACUAGCGGCCAUGAUGUUUUCAGUGAACUUGGCGAAAAACUAGACAAAGCGAGUUCAACAUGAGCGUACCGCUACGAGCGAACAUCCAGCGGGGAAACCCGGAGAAGGUUUUUGAUUUGAUCGAAAAAGUUGGAGGAGGAACGUAUGGUGACGUUUUCAAGGCUAGGGUUAUUUCGACUGGGGAACUUGCUGCUGUAAAAGUUGUCAAAGUUGAACCAGGAGAUGAUUUUGAACUGAUUCAGCAAGAAAUUGCCAUGAUGCAGAAUUGUCAGCAUCCAAACAUCAUUCAGUACAUAGGCAGCUAUAUCAGGAGGGAUAAGCUAUGGAUUGCCAUGGAGUUCUGUGGAGCAGGAUCAGCUCAGGACAUUUAUUGUGUUACUGGCCCUUGUUCUGAGCCUCAAAUUUCUUUUAUUUGUGUUGAGACACUGAAGGGUCUUGCAUAUCUACAUGACAAAAACUUAAUGCACAGAGAUAUCAAGGGUGCAAAUAUCCUUUUGACAUCCCAAGGAAGCAUUAAGCUUGCUGAUUUUGGCAUUGCUGCAAGAAUAUCAGAGACCAUGACAAAAAGAAAAUCGUUUAUAGGAACCCCUUAUUGGAUGGCACCAGAAAUGGCAGCAGUAGAGAGAUUAGGUGGAUAUGACUUAAAGUGUGAUAUCUGGGCCGUCGGGAUUACAGCUAUCGAACUGGCAGAACUACAACCUCCCAUGUUUGAUUUGCAUCCUAUGAGGGCAUUGUACAAUAUAGGAAAAAGAAGUUUUGUUCCACCCACAUUGAAAGAAAAGGAUAAAUGGUCACCAGAACUUCACAGCUUUAUCAAAUCAGUUCUGCAGAAAAAUCCAAAGAAGCGUCCCCCAGCUGACAAAAUGUUAACACAUCCUUUUUGUUGCCAUGGUUACACCCACGCAGUGAUACAGGAUUUGUUAGACUUAUUCAAGAGAAAGUCAGAUAAGAAAGGCCGUGUUGGAGAACCAGAUGAUGAUGAUGACGAUGAUACAGCCCCUGUUGACGAGAAUGUUCAGGUCUUAACAAGAAUACGAUCCAGAAAAGUUCCUGAUAAUAAAAUUCAAGAGAGACGCAGUAUAUCAGGUUCUGAAGGAAAAUUGGAUGGAGUGCAAGUAGAGCCAAUGGUGAGCAGGGAAACAAGACCACAGCAUCAGACAGAAAAUGGACCACAAGAAGUACAUAAUGGAGACAUCAGUAUGAACAAUGAUGAUGACAGCGGAACAAUGAAAGUUCUCACUGAGACAGAUGAUGAGCCCCCACCCCUGCCCCCUAAGUUAAACAGGAAUUCUCAUUACCAAGUUCCACAAGCAAGUAUGAAACCAGUCCCUCCUCCGAAGCCAAUGCACUUGAAGGUGUCACGAGUUGCCAGUGCUCAAGAGGCUGGACGACACUCACCACAGGCAAAUCCAAGGAAAUUAUCAGACGUAGACGCACACAACAGGAUUCCACCUCCUAGCGUACCUCCUCCGAAACCUCCUGUUGGAGCUCGAGCAUCUGAUCCAGGAAGACUUUCAGCUGCAAAGAAGGCGUCUCAAGUUACAACAUGUUUUUCAAAGAUUUUCAAUGAAUGUCCUCUUCAUAUCUACUGCACUGGACUCUGGGUGGACCCUCACUCAGGAGAAAAAAACAUCAUUAUAGGAGCAGAGGAAGGCGUCUAUUCUUUAAACUUCAGUGAAAAGUUACAUGAAGCAGAAAUGGAACAGGUUUGUGCUAAAAGGUGUACGUGGUUGUCAGUGUUUCAAAAUGUGAUGGUGUCACUUCAAGGGUCUCCCAGCUGUGUGUAUAUGCACAAUUUAGAAACUCUUCAUGACAGACAACAGGCAUUCUUUGCCACAGUAACAAGGAACAAUAGAAUUUCAGAAACAAGAGGCUGCUCAAAGUGCUGUAUUGUGAAUAACCCGUACAACAGUCAAGUGUACCUUUGUGUGGCAGUUCAAAAGAGUGUCUUUCUUUAUCAGUGGUAUGAACCGUGGGGAAGAUUUAUGAAAGUCCAGUAUUAUGAUGUGGAUAUUCCAUCACCGCCUCCACUCUUUGAGCCACUCAUAAAGCAAGAUCUGGAAUAUCCACUGAUAUGUGUUGGAGUAAGACAACUAUCCGAUGGUAGCCUUCAUUUUGAAUGCGUUAAUUUGAAUUCUCUGUCCAACUGGUUCACGGAACUACCUGAAGGAAAGAAGCUAGAGGUUGAUACAGUUGACCACCUGGAAAAAGACACCGUGCUUGUAGCUUUUAAUAAUAUGGUUAGGUUUGUGAAUCUUGAUGGGAAGACCAAACAGUUUAGAAGACAAAUGUCAGAAAUUCAUUUUGACAUCAAACCAGAAUCUGUAGUUUGUUUACAAGGUAGCGUGCUUGCCUUUCAUGAACAUGGAUUACAAGGGAGAAGUCUUCACAGUGGCAAGAUCAACGUCGAAAUGAACGACCCUCGGCGCACGUUUAGACUUCUGGGAUGUGAGAGCAUUGCAGUGGUUGAAAGUAAACCUUCAGAUCAUCCGAAUGCGCCAUGUAAUCUCUACAUUUUGGCCAGCAAUAGAAAUCAACAGAGAUGAAUGAUUGAAUCUCCUCUGGGGAACUGGAUAUCAACUAUGGUGCAUACCCCGUGGGGGAUCUCUAAUCCCCGCCGGGGCAAAUUGUUCUAGUAUAACGUAGCCAAUAUAGUAACGCAAUCUACUUUGAAUUAGAUUUGUUAAACAUCGGUAUUAAUAUCGGGUUUAUUAUGUUAUGGUCCUUCGUUUUCAACUUUUGUAACGUGAUGGGUUGAAAGUAUUUAAAUAAUAGAAUUAAGCCCGAGGCUACCAUUUCAAUUAACAUGGGGUAUUUGUCUCAGUGAUCUUCAAUGACCAAUAUUUUUGAAUUCUUACAAGGCUGAUUUAAUAAAUAGAAGUCCUAAAGAUAUGAAGGAGCAGUGUCACGAUAGAGUCAGAGAGGAGACUAGGUCCAAGGUGACACGUAAAUGGAAUGUAGAAAAACGGCCUUCUGAUUGGUCCGUGUGGUCACGGCUCCCUAAUUGAUUAUGCCCUAUAUUGGCGCCUUUGUACACGUUGUACAAGACUACCUUCAAAUCAAAGGAAUUCUCGAACUACUUGUUUAUAAAGGUAAAAAAAUACCCAAAAGGUAAUAUUCAACCAAAAAGGAACACGAAUUGUUGACAUUGGAGAGGAUCGAGACGUAUUUUCAUGGUAGCCUUCUUUGCAACCGUCACUUGGGUCGUCACGCAGUGCUUCUCCCCACGCGUUGCGUGACAACCCUACUGUAUGCUGCGAAGGAGACCUGGGGUCGUGCGUGGCGUGAAAAUUUUUAUCGGAAUCUUUUUUGAAAGAUUUGGACCGAGUGCUUCAUCUGUAAAUAAGACAGUACCUUACAGAUAAAUAGCAAUUGUUCAUUUUCCUUUGACGAACAUGUUUCAUUUUUAUAGUAUAUAUUUCAAAGUUGUCUUAAGUUGUCUCAAAACAGUUUCCAAGCUGGAAAGAAUUACCAAGACUUAGAUUUUGAUGGGCAUUGUAACCACCAUUUAUCAGUUGACGCUACAAUCAUAU